AUGGCGUCCUCUAACAAUCCCCGCAAAUUUAGCGAAAAAAUCGCUUUGCAUAAUCAGAAGCAAGCGGAGGAGACCGCCGCGUUUGAAGAAGUGAUGAAGGACCUGAACAUCACCAGAGCCGCGCGGUUGCAGUUACAGAAGACCCAGUAUUUGCAACUAGGGCAGAAUCGUGGACAGUACUAUGGAGGCUCACUGCCCAAUGUCAAUCAGAUUGGGAAUGGCAACAUUGACCUGCCUUUUCAGAACUCUGUGCUGGACACCAGUCGGACAAGCAGGCACCAUGGACUUGUGGACCGUGUAUACCGAGAUCGAAACCGCAUCUCAUCUCCUCACCGUCGCCCGCUGUCAGUCGAUAAACACAGUCGACAAAUUGACAGCUGUCCCUACAGUUCAGUUUACCUUUCACCACCGCCAGACACAAGCUGGAGAAGGACGAAUUCAGACUCUGCCUUACACCAGAGCGCCAUGAAUCCGAAGCCCCAGGAAGUGUUUUCAGGAGGAUCACAGGAGCUGCAGCCCAAACGAGUGCUGCUGCUCACUGUGCCUGGGACGGAAAAUUCAGAGUCGGAUGCAGACAAGGAUGCACAGGAACAGCUGUGGGAUGAGAAGAAGGAUGAUGCCUCACAGCCUAAUGCGUGUGAUGUCCCCGGGAUCAACAUAUUCCCAUCGCCAGACCAGGAGUUAAGCCCAUCUGUGGUCCCAGCUGCACACAAUACAGGUGGUUCCUUGCCGGACCUGACUAACAUCCAGUUCCCUCCCCCGCUGUCCACCCCACUUGACCCUGAGGACACCGUGUCCUUCCCCUCAGUCAGCUCAGGCAACAGCACGGCCAGCCUCACCACCAACCUCACCCAUCUGGGCAUCAGCGCUGCAAGUCAUGGGAUCACUACAACCUCUCAGCCUUCCAUGACUGUAACGGUGCAGCGCAGGCAGCCUCCGGUGGUGCCGCUCACCCUCACCUCAGAACUCCACCUACAGCAGUCCCCCCAGCAGCUCUCGCCCACGCUCUCCUCACCCGUUAAUAUUACACAGGUAAUGCAAACAGAGACAUUAACACUGGAACAGCAGCUUUCCCAGUACUCCCUGUUCAACCAGCUGACGCCUCAGGCCCAACUUCAGCUUCUCAAUGACCUCCAGAAGCAGCCGGUCCUAUCGCAGGGCAUCCAGCUCAUCGCGUUGCCAACUCCGGCCUCGUCUGGGACGGCCACUGCAAGCAGCCCCUCCCCAGACAGCCAAACCACUGCCAGCAUGAGUAUCAGCUCGUAUCGCAAUCAGACUGGCUCACCAGCCACUCAGUCUCCAACCUCCCCAGUCUCCAAUCAAGGCUUCUCCCCUGGAGGCUCGCCUCAACACAUUCCCGUUGUAGGCAGUAUAUUUGGUGACUCCUUCUAUGAUCAGCAGUUGGCGUCUAGGCAGACCAAUGCUCUCUCUCACCAGCUUGAGCAGUUCAACAUGAUCGAAAGUCCCAUCAGCUCAUCCAGCCUUUUCAGCCAAUGCUCCACCCUCAACUACACGCAGGCAGCCAUGAUGGGCCUUACCGGGAGUAGCCUACAGGACUCACAGCAGCUCAACUACAGUAGCCACGGCAACAUCCCCAACAUCAUCCUAACAGUCACAGAUGAGUCCCCGCCCAGCCUCUCUAAAGAGCUCGCCAACUCUCUGGCUGGCGUCAGUGACGUCAGCUUCGAUGCAGACUCUCAGUUCCCCUUGGACGAGCUGAAGAUAGAUCCACUCACACUGGACGGACUUCAUAUGCUUAACGACCCUGACAUAGUGCUAGCAGACCCCGCUACAGAGGACACGUUCAGGAUGGACAGGCUGUAGCGUGAGCGCUGUGUCAGGGCACAGAGGGGAGGAUAAAAACACUAAUUUGGGUGAAGAGAGAUAAAGGGUAGGAUGAAGCCCCUCCCUCGUUGCAUGGCCGUCCAGUUCUAUGACUCUGAAAGAUGCGCCAUUAAAAAAAAAAAGAAAAAGAAAAAAACAACAGGGAAAAAGUCGUCCAUUGGCUUGCAACUGGAAUGGCCUCGCUGUUGUUUUGAAUAAGAUUGGUUGCUCUGCGCUUCUGCUAGCCUACUCUUGUUUA